AUGGCUACUGCCCCAUCUUCACUGCAAAAUCCCAGCCCUCAGUCCCAAAUGAGUGUGCAUCUCUCCAGGGCAGCUGCUUCAAGUAAAACCGGCUACACCUUGACUCUGUGUCUGACAGGUGUCUGCACAAACACUGCCCUGGUGCCGGUGUUUGAGCUGGAGGUGUGUCCCGGCCAAGUUUUCCUGGGGCAAACAUCCCAAGAAAGCCAAGCUGAAGAGAAGCACGGGAAAACAGCACUGGAGGUUGGCAUGCAAAAAGAGCACCUGGUUCCCUGGAGGGACAUGACCUGGCGGGCAAAAGCUGACAAUGAAAGGCUCAAGUGGAGGCUGUAGGACCUGGAGAAGGCGCUGGAGCAGGCACGGGAAGACAAGCGAGACAUUCAUGAAGAAACAACCCGGCAAUACCAAGAGCUGCAGAAGCAGACAGCAGCCCACAGCCAGCACUUGGAGGCGAAGGUGAAGAGCCUGCAGGAGCAGCUCGCCUGCAAGACCCAGGAGACUGCCAUCCAGGCACUAGCAGAGAGGGACAGGACCAUCGCCCAGCUGCAGAGCAGGCUUGAUGCCAUGGAAAGGGAGUAUGAGAAGAUCCUCCACGGUAGUCUGGACCUUGUGCUGGCCAAGAUGGCAGAGGCCAGCCAGCACUGGGAAGAGGUAGGAACGACCAUCACCAUGGAGCACAAGGAGUGCCUACAGGAGUUUGGCCUCAACCCCCUGGAGUUAUAGCACCCUGGGGCUUCCGGGACCAGACAGGAUCUCAGCCCCUACCUCCCUAUCUGCACAUUUGGAGAGCUUCCCACAUCCACUGCCCAACAACUCAGCUGCCCCGGGCUAGGUAAGAGAAGAUGAGUCCUGUCUGGCCCUGAGAUGCAGUGCUGAGUCACAGUCCUCUCCAUAACAUUACUCACACGAACAGCAGUGUGGAUUUGUCCUUUAAUCACACCCCAAAUGGGUGACGCAGGAACAGUGCUGUGAUGGGUGGCAGACACUCACUGCCCACAGGUUCACAGGGAGGGUGAGAGGAGGAGCACAAGAGAGAUGUCCAUGCAGGGGCAGACCUCAGCCAACAGGCUGAAAGGUGGGGGGUUCCUCCAGUGCCCCAUUGGCCUCCGCUGAUCCUUUCCCCUUCACACAGCGGCCCGAAGACCAGCCCUGGGCUGAGCCAAGCCUCAGGCUCCCCAGUCCCCUGGGUCAUGGUGUGGAGGGCAAUGCCUCAGCUCUCCUGGGAGCUCCCGGAGCCUGGAGGUGGGCAAGGGCUUCAGCGCAAUGUCCCUAGAUAACCCUGGAGGCAGCUGCACAGGCAAAGACACAGGUCUGUCUUCAGGUUACAAGAAGUCACCACCACGGUUAAUAAAAGCUUGGAGCCAGCCU